CUCCGUUUAACUUGAGGUCCCAACUAACAUAAGGUAGUUAGCAACGAAGUACUUACCUUCGCUGGUAUCUAUAGUACGCCGUAUUCCUCUCCUCAUUGAACCUCGAGCUUCGGCCCCCAAACUGAACUUAACUUCAUCACAACUCAGUUCCCACAUUUUGGAGUUGGAGGGCCGCGGCUCUUGAUUUAGCGAAAGUACCGCGUUGAUAUUGUUGCAACUUACUCUAAAUCCAUUCUUUAACUCAACCCCUGAAAUCCCUGCAUUCGCUACUCCACGAGAGUCGCCAGCCCUCAGUCAGCCUCCUUAUCCGCACUCAGCCUUACCGAUUUCCGCCCAAGCGCUUCCCCUCCGAACCCCCUCCGAUCCUCAACCCCUUCCACCCAUCCUCUCGCACCAAUGUGUCUCGUCCACGUCAAAGAAGACCGCGACCUCUCCCCUGUCCGUGUCACUCGCGUCCGCCGCUCCACCUACCGCACUGCCUCCCCCCGCCGCAUCUCCCGCGUCUCCGUCCACUCUCACCACUCCGACCACCACCUCGACCACCGCCACUCCGGCCACUACCACACCCCCAUCCCCACCACCGUCGCCGUGCCCACCGCCGCCCCGCUGAAGGUUCCCGCCCCGCAGCCGGUCCCCGUUUUCGUCAAGUCGCCGACCCCGCCGCCCGUGCAUUCGCACGACGUGCACUAUGUGCAUGCGAGUCCGCGGAGCAGCGUCAGUAGUAUGCGGUCGCCGAGUCCUCGGCGGGAGCGGGAUGAUUAUCGGUAUGAGAGGCGGGAGGUGAGGUAUGAGCGGGACGUGUCGCCGGCGAGGAGCCACCGUGGAGGGGACUACGAGUCGUUUCGGUAUAUCGAUGCGCCAAGGGAGGAGAGGGGGGCGGAUUUUAGUAGGGGACGGUCACGGAGUCGGAGUCGGGUGAGGGAGGAGUAUCAUGAUCCGAGGGAUGAGUAUCGGAGGACGAGGGAGACGGAGAUCCAUAUUGAUAAGCAUGGGAAUCGCAGGUACUAUGAUUAGGCUGGUAGAUGUGAGCGGGUUUACGAGCUUAUGAGAUAUGAUUGGAUUAAGAGAAUGGAUUGGAUUUCGACCGUUCUGACAGCCUUUAAAUCAUUUGGUAGAUCUGUGCUUGCGCAUAUUGCUCAAGUGGUGUUUGUCUCUAACGUCGGUCUACAAAUGAUAAAGCAGCUCUGGUUGGCGUUGCCGCUCUCCUGGAGUCAGAUGCGGUCUAUACUCGCGUGUAUUCUUCCCCUUGCAAGCGAAAUAGCACAUAAAUAUAUUAUCCAGCCUAAUAUACCGGUAUAUUGGUCGAUUGCAUAGAAUUUGUAUAGCAUUCCUUUGUCUC